AUGGCAUUUUUAGUCAAUUCUUGUGUCAAGGUAGGAUUUGUCUUCGGGGCAGUCAGUCCCACUACACUCUCACUCCAAGCUGAGCAAGAUGCCUUGCGAUUUCCUUUUCCUUGCCCUUUGACAAUGUGUUGUAGCGAGAGUAUUGCCCGAGAUGGGAGGAGAGAGACUUUUUUUGCCAACGAGCUUUCUCUCGUAAAAGCAGUACAAAUCCAGGAAACAUUGCCGGGGGGCCUCAAGCCAGAGCUUCUGCCUAAUCACAUUGCUAUUAUUUUGGAUGGUAACCGCAGAUGGGCAAAUGAGAGAGGUUUCAAAGAGCUUCUGCCUAAUCACCGGAAUGGUGGCCGUGUAAUAAAGGAGAUAGUGUUUCUCUGCUGCAAGUGGAGAAUCAAAGUUGUUUCCAUCUUUGCAUUUUCGACCGAGAACUGGGUUCGACCCAAACAGGUUGACGCUUUGAUGAGCCUGUUUGAAGAGGUAAUGCAAAACGAUCUGCAGGAAUUUAUGGGAUACAAUGUGCAAAUAUCAUUCAUCGGAGACAAAUCAAAGCUCCCCAAAUCAUUGCAAGAGUUGAUAGCCACCGUAGAGAAUUCAACAAGAGGCAACAUGGGACUCCAUCUUAUGAUAGCCAUAAACUACGGUGGACGAUACGACGUCAUGCAAGCUAGUAGAAGCAUAGCCAGUAAAGUUAAAGAUGGCUCUCUUCAAGUCGAAGAUAUCAAUGAAACCUUAUUUGAGAAGGAAUUGGAAACAAACUGUGCUGAGUUUCCUAACCCGGAUUUGCUUAUACGAACAAGUGGUGAGCAAAGAAUAAGCAAUUUCUACCUGUGGCAGUUGGCUUACACAGAAGUCUUCUUUUCUGUUAAAAAACUUCCGGACUUUGAAGAAGAAGAUUUUAUAGAGGUCUUGAUCUCAUUUCAGAAAAGAGAGAGACGUUAUGGUGGAAAUUAA